CACAACUAAUGGCGGACAAGGGGGAAGAAAGUCAUUCGCAAAGAUCGAGCAAGCAUUCUAAAGAAUCAGCUCGAAAGGUACGUCUUUAAAUUUUAUCGUAUGGCCGAUACUUCUUUUUUAACCGAAGUACAGUCUUGAGGGAUCAUGCCACAGCAGCCUCUGCAGAUUUUCCAUUUUUCUUAACUGUGAGAGUUUAAACUUCAAUAAAUAAACAGAGAAAACAGAGAACUUCUCAUGCGGCCUCUGUCGGAAAUUACAACUUUGACCCUUUCUUAGAAACUCUUGUCCAAGUACCAAGUGGUGCAUGAGGUAUAUUGUUUUAAUUUAUAAUCCUGUUCAUGGCAGGAGUCAAGGAAACAUAAAAAAAGAAGUCGAAGUUCUGAAUCAAGCUCUGAUAGUUCAGGAUCGUCGCGCAGUUCCAUCAGCCCAGCAAGGUAGGAAGAUAAUUUCUCGCACAGCUCACAUGAUAUAAGAGAAUAAUUGUAGAACUUUAACCCUUUAACUUCCAGAAGUGAUUUAAAUGUAACUUCUCCCUACAAUUAACCUAUACACUAUCUAAUAAACAGGUUAUGAGAUUACACAAACGUAUCAGUCAGAGGUUGUUAUCAUGAUAUAACACCAAAUUCUUGUAACUAAAUACAAGGAAAUGUAUAACAGCUAGAUGGGAGAAUUAACAAUCAGAUCUUGGGAGUUAAAGGAUUAAGAGAUGUUCUGUUAAAACUAGUACAAAAAAUAACAUCUUUACUUGAAAGGUAGACAUUUGCCCCAUCUUCAGUUUCUCAAUAAAAUGUUUUUACUCAUUGCUCUUUUUAUACUGAAUUAAGAAAUCAAAUUACAUGUCAGGAAAAAAUCUAGAACCUCUAAAUUGAAGAAAAGAAAGUCAAGGAAAAGUCCAUCAACAGAAACAGACAGAAGUGGUGAUUCUACUGACUCAGAGAAAAGAAAGAAAAGACACAGGAGGAAGGAAGACAGGAGAAAACAGGUACUAGAGCCUAUAACAUUACAGUGCAGAUCAUUGUUUAUUCUGAGGAUAUUUAGGGAUUUAGUUUAAUUCUUAGCUGAGUUGAAAAAGUUUUAUAUCAGUCUUGAUGUACCUUAAGCAUUACAGCUCACUUCUCAUUGGUCAUUUCCAAGUUCCAAAAACCUCCACCUCAAAUCAUGGGAAAACCAUUAUUGAAUAUGACUGUAAUUCUCAGGCAAUGGUUGUUCAAAGGUCAGUUAACACUAUCUGCUGGAUAAAUCUCUAUCCAGUGGAUAAUGCCAUUUUGCUGUCACUUAUCCACUGGGUACCAAUUAAUCUGUUUGAUAGUGUUUUUCAACCUUUAUACAACUGGGCUCAGGAGAAUAAUGAAUAAUCAUUACAUCAAGGGCUUUACAUAUAUGUGUAGAGGGGACUAACUCUGUUGAAACAGAAUCUUAAUAGCUAGCAUGCAAGCUGAUUCACAAUGUCUGAAGAAAUGCUUUUGUCAAAGGGCCAUUGAAAGCGUUACUUCCAGGCUAGGGUUUGGGCCAUCUCAGAAAGGGCUAAUAUUUUGUCCAAAGUUCUUGCAUGUGGUUAUUUGCUACCAAAAUCAUGUCUUAUAUUUACUUAUUGGCUUCUUUGAAUUCAUUUUAAAAACAAAGCGAAAGAGCUGGACUCCUUGGAUUCUCAAGAUAUUUAUCAAGCAGCCUUGAUAUAAAAAUAAUCAAAUUAUUUUUCUGAGUGCAUAGCUUGGUUUGUCAUAGGGCAAGAAAACAAGGAAAAAGAAAGAGAAAACAAGAAAAAAAGAUAUCAAGUCAAAGACAGCUGUCAAUCAAGACAAGUAUGGCAAAUAUGGAAUCUUGGUGGAAAGUGACAUUUUCAACAAACAACAAGAAUUUUACUUGUGGCUUCAAGAAGUCAAGAAAGUAAACCCUGAAGUGUUUCCCAGAUCUGAAAUGAAAAAAAUGUUUGAAACUUUUGCAGAGGACUAUAACACUGUAACACUACCACAUAAAAAGUAAGCAACAGUUACUGGUUAAAAAAAAAAAUUAUCACCAUAUUGAAUCCUAAUGUGACUAACCCCCAGUAAAUCAAAUCAAAUCACUUUUUCGCCCUUUGACAGAUCACAAGAUUUUGUUCAACCGCAUUAGUUAACCCUUUCACUCCCAAGAUCUCGAUAGUAAUUCUCCUCACUGUCUGCUAUACACUUCUUUUAAUGUUAGUGUGGAGAAUUUGGUAUUGGAUCAACUAAUAAUCCCCUAAUUGAUAUUUUUCUUUAUUCUCAUCACUUGUCUGCUUGAUAUGUAGAUUUUAUGACCUGGAAAAGUGGGAAGCCAAACAGAGGAAAAAAGGAAGGCUUAAGGCUCUGAAGAAAGCACAAAAGCAACAGGUUUCAAUUGAAAAUGAUGAACUCAGGCAUAAAUCACUUCACUCUGGACCAACAAGACCUGGUAAGAAAACCGGACACAUAGGAAAGAAACAGCUCUACUAUCAGUAACAUUUGACAUGGGUGGCUGUCUAAAUGGAAGAAAGGGAGUCACUCAGACUAGAAUACCUGCCAGAGUGGUAGCAAAUGCAGGGUCUUCGUGCCAGCAGUGAGACAGCAAGAAUAUGUUGCUCACCUUAGAUGAGAUAAAUACAUUUAUUUGACAAGCUUAAUUAUCCACAUUUUGAUUGGGUCUUACUUAUCAUUUAUUAGAAGACAGAUGUGUAGAUGAUGUCACCAUCAACAACAUUCUGCUUUUUUAUUGUAAAAACAAAUAGAUUCUGUGUUGCUGUGGGUCUGUACAGUAAAAAUUACAGAAAACAAAAAAUGUGUUACAAACAUCGGUGACACACUCAAUUGUGCCACACGAGCCACUUUGAUGUUCUCACCAUAUUUCAAUGUUGUCUUUGAUCUGUUACCCAACUGACGCACAGCAACAUGCAAUCUAUUUGAUGAUCCAGAAAAAAAUGGUGAACCUUAUUAACAUUAAGGUUAAUUUUUGUUUGUUCAUACAGGAAUGAGCAAAGCAGAUUUACUUGAAAUGCAGCAAGUUAUGAGAGAAAGACAACAGGAGGAUUACAAGAAAAAGGCUGGCAUGAAACUUGAUGAAACUAAGGGUGUGAGAUAUCACACAAUGAAUCCAUAACUUUUUACUUGAAUUAACAAAAUUUUUACCCUUUCCCAUCUGACCGUGCCAUAUGGCACUCACAUGUACCACCCCUCAAAUACACAUUAUAUGUUACAUAUACACUUUUUAUGGCUUUAUUCUUGGAGGUAUUCCAAGAGGUUGCCAAAAUAUUUUUUGUCUUUAUUUCCAUGCUAAUUUUGAUUUUAUUAAGUACAAUACCAUUGAAAAUAAUUAUUCUAACAUUGUACUAGAAUGUAAUGUACAAUUCGUUACUGGAUAAACAUAAAAGCAAAAAUAUGCAACAACUCUCUUCACUGGGAAACAUUUUGUAAUGCACAAUGAAAAUAACCUCAAGCUUGUUAUCUGUUUAUAACUAUAUUUAUAUGGUGAAAUGAAAUGGUCAAAAAACUAUCUAUUUCCUUCAGAAAGUAAAGUUUUUUUCUUAUCUCAUGUUUUGGUUUUUUAAUUACACUCCAACUUCAUGUGUUUUUACACAGCUCUUCACAUCCUGGAUUUUGUCACUUUGGGUGUUGCUGUCUUUGACUAGCUUUAAUUGAAAGCAAACUAUUUCAAAAUGCUUUCCUUUUAUAUUUAUUCUACUUUUCAACUGAUCGAUAUAUUCAUUAUAUUGAGUCACUGUUCUGCCUUAAUUUAUGAAGUAGGCUGAUUGUCCAAGGUUGAGCAGUCCUGAAAAGGAUUGUUGCUAGAAGAAAUGACUGAUAUUUAAACAAACUGAGUUGCAGUUGCUCUGGGCACAAGUGACUUUGAUAAUGACUUCCUUGUCAGCAUGCAAACAUCAUCACUACAACUGUCAACAGUCCUUAUCAGGACUACUCCCACCUGGACAAUCAGACUGAAAGAACAACAGCUACUCCUGGG